AGCAACGGAGGGUAGGAGGGAAAGGGAGAGAGGGAGAGAGGAUUGGGAAGGAAGGAAGGAAGGACUGAGAGGCUCCGUCUGGAGCAAAGUCCGGGAGGAUGAAGGCUCCGCUGUGCCUCUGCCAGAUUUGCACCUGCGGAGAAAGGUUUGGCAGAAUGUAUAAAACUGAAAGAGAGAAAAAGGAGGAGAGAGAGAGACAAAGAGAACGCAGGGAGAAUGAUGACUGGUUGACUUCUUUCUGAUGUCACAAUUCACCGCAUCUCAAACAACAAAUCUUCCUUUGACAACUGCUGCAGGACAAGCAAGCAGAAAAGGAGGUGAGACCAUUUUGAUUAAGGAUGUUCUAACUUUUAGGUGUAGAAUAAAAUUUUAAGAUACUAGAUAAAUACGGUGGUAGAAAGUUUGCCAGGAUCUUAGGACUGCAAGACCAGCGCUGGAAAAGUGAAAUUGAGUUUCAGAUUCCCAUAUGCAUUAAAAGUAGGGUUGCCAUAAUUGUCCACUAUUACCAGGGACAAAAUGUAGGACAAAUAUCAGACCCCCUUUCACAAUAUUCUUUUGAUGAAUAGAAAACUAUGUCCUGACUCUUCUGAGUCCCAUCCACCAAGUGGUCACUUUCAUCCACCAGUGGACCACAGUUUCUAGAUCUGCCUCCAUUUGGGUGGGUUAUAGUAGUUACUGACAAAGGAACUUGUUGAAUGGCUACAACCCUGAGUGUUCACCUCACAAAAGGUACAACAGUCCUUUACAAUAUCUCACCUAAAGAGGGGCAGUUUUUAACCUAUCCAGUAGCUUUUAACAGAGGGAAGGAUUUAACCUACUCUGAUCGGUCAUUUGUUUGUUCCUUCCAUAUACAGAAGAGCAAAUACUUGCUGAACAUAUUAUUGAUGCCAUUUCUCUUUUUAGACGUUUUACUGAACCAGUGAAGUUUUGCUCAUUUGUUUUGCUAAUAAAUUUCUACUGAGCCCUUCAAGGAUUCUUCUCUCCGCCAGCAUUAGGAAACCAAGGCCGCUGGGGGAGUAGAAAUCCCUUCCAAAUAUUACUGUAUGUCCAAAUGUGUACAUUCUUUCCAAAAGCGCAGCAUCUUUUGGAGCGGGAAUUUGCUAUACCAACUUUUGCACAAACAAACAAGAAAUAUGUAAGGUGGACUUAUAUCUGCGUAUACCACUAAAAGGAUGCCACCUCAUGUGUGUGUUUCAUAUCUGUUUGUAUAACUUCAAAAAAUUGCAGUGUCUUAAGGUAGGUUGGAGUCUAAUUCUGUUUUAGAGUAAAGGAAAUGAUAGAAUCCUGGACUGUGAAGUGGGAUGUUUGCAUUUAGAAUGGUCUCCCGGGUAAAUUCUCUGCAUGUUGCAAACUAACACAUGACAGGAAAGGGAACAGAUCAUUUCCUGAUGCCUUCUUUGAAAUGAAUUUGGGAGAAUUUGGAUGUUCAUUUUUCUCAGCUAUGUAACUCCAGUUAGAUGGUACCUUAAUCCUCUGGCCAGGACAAUGGUUAGUCAGGGGGAUUUGUUCUGUGCCUGUGACUUAUGGCAACCUUAAGGCGACCCUAUCACAGGGUUUUUUUGGCAAGAUUUGGUCUGAGUGGGUUCGCCUUUGCCUCCCUCGGAGGCUGAGAGAGUGUGACCUGCCCAAGGCCACUCAGCAGGUCUGCAUGCCCAAUCAGAGAUUUGAACCCUGAUCUCCAGUCAUAGUACAAUGCUCAAACCACUAGACCAUGGUUGUAAAUGUUUCAGAGAUAUCUAAACAUGCAUCAAAAAGCCCCCACACACACAGCACCUAGAAGGAAGUGGAGGGCAUUGGGAGCCAAAAUAAUUUUGGUAGGGUUGUUGUUUUUUGCAUUAGGUGAGGUGAGAAGGUGCAACAACUCCAAGGUCUGCCAGGGAGCUAAUAAUGUGACCCCUCCCAAACAUCCCACAGUUGCCCAUCUCUCGAUUGUAUUUCAGGAGGCAUAAAUAUAAUAAUAUACAUAGCUUUCUCUUGAAAGCUAUUAUAGUACUUUAUUUGAAGUUUCAAGAAAUGUCUCAACUCUGGCUCUUGCAACCCAGUUAUAAUAAAAGACCUACUAUUGCAUUGUCUUUAGAGAUGUGAAGGCAAAGGGCAGGGGAUGAAAAUUAAGGUUGUGAUUCUUUUCUGAGGAAAAUAGGGGGGGAAAUGAAAAAAUGGAUUUUGAAAUAUUUUCUUUCAGAAUGAUUAAGAAACUAUGUAAGAAAAAGUGUUCAUAUAUUGGUUCCCUCAAAAUUAUUGCUAAAAACUAUAUAUAACAGGAAGACUUUUAUGUAAGACAAUGCACAGCGUCUCAUCAUUGCAAUUUCUGGUCUUGGUAUCCUCUUCUCGGUUCAUUUUUACAGGAAUGAAUGUUUCAGGUCUAUUUGACACUAUGGAAGACUAGAAGAGACAAAAUAAUGGUGUGUUUUACUAAUGCAUUUGAUUUAUUCUGUUUUUAUUGCUUUCUGCCUAUUCCUAAUAAAGUGGCAGAACCAAAGAAGUUCCAUACAAUUCAGAACAUUGAAGUUAGGAAAUUCAGCAUAACUGAACUGCGCUUGUAGUAUACCAGGCAAAGCUGUACAACUGUGUAAUGUUAUGUAUAUAAUAUAUUUUAAUGUUCUUAAAGUAACAAAAUGAUUUUCAGACUUUAAAGGAUGCUAAUAUCACUGUUUAAACAAUGUUUGCCCACUCUCUCCAUUUUCCCCAUAACAACUAGAAAAGAAAUACUCCAAAAUGUUGCUGCGGCUUCAGCAUUUCUGGCAAUUGUAUCUCUCUAAUUAUCUGUGAUCAGUGCUUUCUUCCUUUGUCUUUUCUUGUUAUUAAAUCUCAGGCGCCAUCGGUGCCCUCAUAAUCCGACAAGGAUUUAUGACCAUGGCGGAGAGGAAAGCCCGAUGACUGAAUAUAUUGACAAGUUCCCUGUAUAUGGCAAUGUCCCUCCUCCCCAGAGUCUCAAGCCCAAGCAGGAAUAUCAAACCCAUGGCGGGAAAAUGGAAGGCAUCUCAACUUUCAAGUCUGACUAUCUUCCGUAUGAAGUGGCAAAUCGGCCUAUUCGGCCCCAAGAGGAGUACAAACCCAUGCCUGGAAAUAUUGACCUGGGGACCACUUAUAGAAGAGAUUAUAACGCUCACAAAGUACAACCAGUGAUACUAGUAAAACCUGUUGAAAGGAACUAUGUUAGAGGAGGCAAACUAGAUACCAUACCCACUUACCAAGCUGACUAUAGGGCUUGGGAAGUUCAAAAAAGGGAUUCCCAUAAAGUGGAGAACAUCUAUCAUCCUCCUACUGAAAAGUUUGGAAACACCACUACCUUUCAGGAUGCCUUCUUCCCUAGGGAAAUCACUUUCCAAAGAAGUUUUAAGCCUACGGUUGUGACCAAACUUUCAGACCAACCUUUUACCAGCAUUACAAGCCACCGCAGUGAUUUUGUUCCCCACCAACUAGAACCUAAAUUUCAAAGGUCGAAAGAGGAGUACAAGCCAAACAGCCAGCCCUUUGACGACACCACAACCCAUCGUCGCGAUUUUAGAGGGCUUGCUGGUGAACUUCCAAAAAGCUUCAAGCCUGAACAGUCUAAAGUGGAGAUAAAGUCUCAUUUUGAUGGAAUCACGGAGUUCCGUGAACGUUUUCAACCCUGGGCAGUUUCCUUACCUGAAGUCCGCAAAGCCAAAGAGUACAUCCCACCCACUGGUAACAUGGAUCUAAACUCCACAAGCCAUCUUGAUUAUAUUCAGCAUAAUAUCACUCCAGUUGUCAUCAUGAAACCAUUAGAAAAGAGCAGAAGAAAUAAUGCUCCCUUCCAGGGCAAUACAACCAUGAGGGAGGCCUUUCAAGCUUGGGAUAUUUGUCGACCAGAAAUUGUCAAGCGGACUCAAGAAAUGCCAAAACCCUCUGCAAAAUUUGAUGGUAUGACCACCUUCAGAGCUCACUAUAUACCACACAAUGUAGUUCCAAGUCAGAGCUGCAAGCCUGCGAAGGUGGCGCCUGUAUCUAGCUCAGUACCUUUUGAAGACAAAACCAUGUACCGUACUGAAUACACGCCAAAGAAACAAGAGAUCUGCCCAGCAACGUAUCCAUCUCCUCCAGGAUAUGUCUUUGUCAACACUGAUUCUCGUGGUCAUAAAUUCUUCCGCAGAGUCACCCCAGAUACCCAUAAGAUUGCCCAUGAAAAUGGUAAUCAUAUUCCAAAAGAAAUAGCAGUUAUAGCAUAACUCAUAGUUCUAGUAGUUUGCUCAUAAGCAUACUGGAAAUUAGUGUGCGGAGGGUAACUACUACAAUCGAUCUAAAGAUUCUAAAUAAUCACAAUGAUUUUAAGGUUUUGUGGAAUCAAAAAUUACUAAGCGUAUAUAAGAUUCAUGAUGAAAACUGGUUGUUAGUAAAAUGUGUGUCAGUAUUUCUGUGAAAUUUCUUUAAUUGGACCUUGUGAUAUGUAUUCAUUUUAACAAGAUAAUACCUUUCCAGCAAUAUGUUUGAAAUCAAUUGUUAAUAUAAGUACUGUUGAAGUUCAUGAUUUGAAUAAAAUUAUGUACUGUUCUUAUAA